GUGGGUGGGCAUAUGUGAUCUGAUUGCGUACCCCUACAUUGGGGUGAAGUGCAGAGAGGUGCAGCAGGGAAAUCAGCGCAGGAAGGGGAUGGCCGCGGCAGAAGCGAUUGGCGGCUUUGGCGCCAGUGCAGGGAGAUGGUCUCUUCACGGCAAGACGGCCCUCGUCACCGGUGGCACUCGCGGCAUCGGGUAUGCGGUGGUGGAGGAGCUGUCGGCGCUGGGGGCGGCCGUGCACACCUGCUCCCGGAAGGAGGCCGAGCUGGCCGAGCGCUUGAAGGAGUGGGAGGCCAAGGGAUUCCGCGUCACCGGCUCCGUCUGCGACGUCUCCGUGCGGGAGCAGCGGGAGCGCCUGAUCCGCGCCGUCGCCGACCGCUUCGCCGGCAAGCUCAACAUCCUCGUUAACAAUGCGGGCACAUGUAUUGGAAAGCCAACACUUGAAUACACGGCAGAGGAAUACUCCUUCUUAAUGGCCACUAAUCUUGAAUCUGCAUACAAUCUGUGCCAACUUUCACACCCUCUUCUCAAGGCGUCCGGGGCGGGCAGCAUUGUCUUCAUAUCAUCAGUCUCUGGAGUGGUAGCGGAAGCUAGUAGCUCCAUCUAUGGCAUGACAAAAGGUGCCACGAACCAACUAGCAAAGAACCUAGCAUGCGAGUGGGCGAAAGAUCACAUAAGAAGCAACUCUGUUGCUCCAUGGAUAUGGCAAAUGAGGAGCUCAUGGCUCUCGUGGCGCAGCGAACUCCACUGAGACGUGUGGGAGAACCUGAAGAGGUAUCAUCACUGGUGGCAUUUCUCUGUAUGCCCGGUUCGUCCUACAUCACCGGCCAGACGAUCUGUGUUGAUGGUGGCCUAACCGUCAACGGGAUGUAUCCAACCCACGACUAGGAGUUGUAUCGUGCUCUUGUGUUGGAUGUGUGAGAAACUGGACCCAUUUCGAGAUGUUUGGCAGAACAAAAUAAUAAAAAAUAAUGGUCCAUUCAUGUCAGAUGGUGGAUUGUAUGAUUUCCUAUCUGUUGCCAGAUGGUGGAUUAACAAUGAUAAAAAUGCAGUGCUCAAUACCUUUA